CCAUCUUCGCAGAAGCUGUUGUCCGGAGUCCUGACCACAGACUCCAAGAGACGCUGUGUGUUGCGCAACCUUAGGUCCGGCCGUCAUGCAGAGAGCGAUGCUGGUGCGCGUGGUGUUGGCGGCGCUGCUGCUGCUCCUGGCGGCCCCCGCGGCAACCUCGGCCAAGAAGCCGCCCUUCAACGGCAGCAUCUUCGGCAAGCGCAGCAACUACGUGGCCGAGCUCCGCGACUACGAGUCCAACGGCCGGGUGCUGUCCGCCAUGUGCGAGAUAGCGUCGGAAGCCUGCGCCUCGUGGUUCCCGCAGACGGACAAGCGAUAACGUGGACGAGGUUCAAGGUCAACACACGCUCUACCGGAGACACAAAGAUUUGUCGCUUCCCUGGAUCCAUGCAACUCACGGAGUGGUUCUUCAACUCAAGAUCUGAACAUUUUUUUAGUCGUCUUCGCCACAAUGCUAGUAAUUAAAAAAAAAAUAGUCAAUAUAUAUUUGCAAGAGAUUAUAAUUUUCCAAGCAUAUGAAAAAAUUGUUUGUAAUGUACAGGAAUGAUUUUUUUUUUAAAUUAUCAUUCUACUUGAUAACAUAUUUUAAAAUAAUAUUAAUCAUGUGUGCUGAUUUAAUUUUCUCGAUUUUGUUCGGUAGUAUUUUAAAUUUAAAUUUUUCAUCAACAGAAAACUAAUUAAUUAUAACAGCUUUAAAUCUUAAAUAUUAGAAUGUUGUACUUUCUUUAUCAAAACCAAUUUAAUAAAGCCUCUAUAAUAAACUA